AUGUUGAAGAAUUCAGGUUCUAAGCAUUCGAAUUCGAACUCCAAUUCUACUUCGAGUUCUGGUCUCCUCCAGAACUUGAAGCGUUUGGCUAACUCCAAUGGAACGAGUGCCAAUGCGGCCUCUCCAACCAAUGCAACUCAGCAACAGCAUUCCCCCAUGGGACAAGAAAGUUCUACUUCACCAUCAUCUUCGUCAUCUUUUAGAAACCUAAAUGGACCUUCUAGAACUACGUCCAUUGAAGCAAGGCCGUUAAACAAGAAAUCGACGUUAAACACUCAAAACCUAUCCCAAUAUAUGAGCGGUAAAAUGAGUGCGGAUGUGCCUAUAUCUUCCCAACAUGCAAGGUCACAUUCAGUGCAAUCCAAAUAUUCGUACUCCAAGAGGAAUUCCUCGCAGGCGUCAAACAAGCUAACACGACAACAUACUGGUCAAAGUCAUUCCGCAUCAAGUCUUUUGUCCCAAGGGUCGUUAACGAACUUGAGCAAAUUCACCACGCCUGAUGGCAAAAUUCAUUUAGAGAUGCCUUCAGAUCCAUACGAGGUGGAGAUUUUGUUCGAAGAUAUUAUGUACAAAAGAAAUAUCUUCCAAUCUUUAUCAGGGGAUAAGCAAGAAGCGCUGAUGGGCUAUAGUACAGAAAAAAAAUGGCUGAUUGUAAAGCAAGAUCUACAAAAUGAACUCAAAAAAAUGCGGGCAAACACUACCUCUUCCUCCGCCGCCUCCAGAACUUCCGUUGCAUCAGAUCAUCUUCCCAUACUUACGGCAAAUUCAUCUCUUUCGUCCCCCAAAUCUAUUCUUAUGACAAGUGCUUCUUCCCCGACCUCUACUGUAUACAGUAACAAUUUAAAUCAUUCUACCACUCUUUCAUCUGCGGGCACGUCAACUUCAAAGAGUAAGAAAAUAGUAACCGGGAGCUUGAAAAAACAGCCAUCUUUAAACAACAUUUAUCGAGGCGGAUCUGAAAAUAAUAUAAGCGCAUCCACUCUUCCAGGAGACAGAACAAACAGGCCGCCGAUACAUUAUGUGCAACGUAUUCUUGCAGACAAGCUUACCACUGACGAAAUGAAAGAUCUAUGGGUGACACUAAGAACAGAACAGCUAGAUUGGGUAGACGCAUUCAUAGAACAUCAAGGCCACAUUGCCAUGGCCAACGUGUUGAUGAACUCAAUGUAUAAGACUGCGCCGCGAGACAAUUUGACGAAAGAACUAUUGGAAAAGGAAAAUUCUUUUUUCAAGUGUUUUAGAGUCUUGUCAAUGCUUUCGCAAGGUCUAUAUGAGUUCAGCACACAUAGGCUGAUGACCGAUACUGUUGCAGAGGGUCUAUUCUCCACGAAAUUGGCUACAAAGAAAAUGGCUACUGAAAUUUUCGUUUGUAUGCUGGAAAAAAAAAAUAAAAGUAGAUUUGAAGCUGUUCUCACCGCCUUAGAUAAGAAAUUUAGGAUAGGCCAAAAUCUUCAUAUGAUCCAGAAUUUCAAAAAAAUGCCCCAGUAUUUCUCCCAUUUAACCCUUGAAAGUCAUUUGAAAAUCAUUCAAGCUUGGUUAUUUGCCGUUGAACAAACUUUGGAUGGAAGAGGCAAGAUGGGCUCCUUGGUAGGUGCUUCCGAUGAUUUCAAGAAUGGUGGAGGUGAAAAUGCCAUUUUAGAAUAUUGUCAAUGGACCAUGGUUUUCAUUAAUCACUUGUGUUCUUGUUCGGAUAACAUUAAUCAAAGAAUGCUUCUGAGAACAAAACUGGAAAACUGUGGUGUUUUACGAAUUAUGAACAAAAUAAAAUUGCUGGAUUACGAUAAAGUCAUCGAUCAAAUAGAUCUAUACGACAAUAAUAAGCUUGACGAUUUUAAUGUAAAAUUGGAAGCUAACAAUGAAGCGUUCAAUGUGGAUUUGCAAGAUCCAUUAUCAUUGCUGAAAAAUCUUUGGGGCAUAUGUAAGGGCACCGAGAAUGAAAAACUUCUAGUGUCUUUAGUUCAGCACCUUUUCCUCUCUAGUUCAAAAUUGAUUGAGGAAAAUCAAAACUCCUCUAAGCUAACCAAGCAAUUAAAACUAAUGGAUUCUUUAGUGACUAAUGUCAGUAUCGCCUCAGCAGCAGAUGAAGAAUCGAAUUUAAAUAUGGCCAUCCAGCGGCUUUACGAUGCUAUGCAAACCGAUGAAGUAGCACGUCGUGCAAUACUAGAAAGUCGGGCUUUGACGAAAAAGCUGGAAGAAAUUCAAGCAGAGAGGGAUUCCUUGAGUGAAAAGCUAAGCAAAGCAGAGCAUGGACUAGUAGGGCAGUUAGAAGACGAGUUGCAUGAAAGGGAUCAUAUAUUGGCCAAGAAUCAAAGAGUUAUGCAGCAACUGGAAUCUGAAUUAGAAGAACUGAAGAAGAAACAUCUUUUGGAAAAACACCAACAGGAAGUUGAGUUGAGAAAAAUGUUGACCAUAUUGAAUUCGAGGCCUGAAGAAAGCUCUGAUAUAAAUGAAGGAACAAGAAAUAUAGACCCAAGUUUGAAUUUUUCGGAAAAAGCGAAUAUUCAAAAGGUAUUACAGGAUGGAUUAUCAAGAGCCAAGAAAGACUACAAAGAUGAUUCCAAAAAGUUUGGUAUGACACUUCAACCAAAUAAACGGUUAAAAAUGUUAAGAAUGCAAAUGGAGAAUAUUGAGAAUGAGGCCAGACAAUUGGAAAUGACUAACUUUGCUGAAUUUGAGAAAGAGCGCCUUGAACCUCCAAUACAGAUUAAGAAGCCAAAAUUGAAGAAGAACAAGCAUAAGGAUAAAAACUUUUUAGCAAGGGCCCAAGAGGCAGAUAUGAACAAAUUAAAUGACUUAAGGCGGGCUUUGGCUGACAUUCAAAUGGAGAGUAAUAAUAUUUCCAAAUUCAACGUCGAAGAACGUGUCAAUGAGCUUUUUAAUGAAAAGAAAUCUCUGGCUUUGAAGAGAUUAAAAGAACUGGAAACAAAGUAUAAGGGAUUUGGCAUUGAUUUUAAUGUUGAAAAGAUUAUGGAAAGUCCUAAAAAGCUCUCCGUUGCUGAUGAAAGGGAAGGAGAUGCUAGGUAUUCAAGUCUUGACCCUAAGGCGUACCAGAAAAAGCUGGACGAGAUCAAUAGAAUAACGGAUGAGUUGUUGGAUCUGCAAACUCAAACUAAACAAGAAACUAAAGAAGAGGAAAAUGGGAAAAGCAGUUUCUCUUCUUCUAGCUCUGAUGCGGACGAUGAUGAAGUUUACCAAGAUGCAUCUCCAACUCAUGAAAUAAGAAGUGAAAACUCAGAGUUGUCUGCAGGAUCAGGCCCUGGAUCUUUUCUCGAUGCAUUAUCUCAAAAAUAUGGUACUGGUCAAAAUGUUACUGCAUCGGCUGGUUUGAGGGACAGUGGUUAUGUGUCAGGGCUUGGUCACACGCCUAGCAAAGUUGAAAAGACCUUUAUGAAUAGACUUAAAAGAUCUACUGUGAACUCAGCUCCAUAUUUAGAAGAACUAACACAGAAGGUAAAUAAAGUUGAACCAUGUGAACAAAACGAACAUGUUAACAUUCCCAGAGAACUUUCUCCAAAAAAGAGUUUAACAAGCUCAACUUCAGAUGAAAUCGAAAAAUAUGACCAGGAACAUGUGGAGAACAAGAUACAAGGAUCCACAACGAGCACAAGUACUGGGGGUCAACCAAAUAGCGUAUUGGAAGCUGAAAAUUCGUUAACUUCUUCGUCUGUGCUUCCCCCUCCGCCGCCGCCACCACCACCACCUCCUCCUCCUCCGGUUCCUAUAGAGUUGUUUGGUAAAUCAUUGGUUAGGGAAAAAGAAAUAGAAGAUAAUGCUGCCAAGCAAAAUACUACUGCUGGUGAAGCUGUUCCGCCUCCUCCCCCGCCGCCUCCUCCUCCUCCUCCUCCUCCUCCUAUGGCACUAUUUGGUAAACCCACUGGAGGAACUCCUCCACCGCCGCCGCUACCUUCUGUAUUGUCUUCAUCUGCUACAGGUGCAAUUCCGCCGGCUCCACCAAUGAUGCCGGCAUCGCAAAUGAAGUCUGCCGUAACAUCACCGUUACUCCCUCAAUCUCCUUCUUUAUUCGAGAAAUAUCCUCGUCCUCACAAAAAGUUAAAACAAUUGCACUGGGAAAAAUUAGAUUCUACGGAUAAUUCCAUUUGGGGAUCAGGUAAAGCUGAGAAAUUUGCGGAUGAUCUGUAUGAAAAGGGUGUCCUUGCUGAUUUAGAGAAGGCUUUUGCCGCUAGAGAGAUUAAAUCUUUAGCAACCAAGCGUAAGGAAGACUUACAGAAAAUCACUUUCUUGUCAAGGGAUAUUUCCCAACAAUUUGGUAUUAACUUGCACAUGUAUUCAUCACUUUCAGUCCCGGAUUUGGUAAAAAAAGUCUUGAACUGUGAUAGAGACUUCCUGCAGACGCCAAGUGUUGUUGAAUUUCUAUCAAAAACUGAAAUAAUUGAGGUCUCUGUUAACUUAGCUAGAAAUUAUGCACCAUAUUCUACGGAUUGGGAAGGUGUAAGGAACCUCGAUGAUGCUAAGCCUCCGGAAAAAGAUCCAAACGAUCUGCAAAGAGCCGACCAAGUCUACCUGCAAUUAAUGAUCAACCUAGAGUCGUACUGGGGCUCGCGUAUGCGGGCUCUAACGGUCGUUACCUCGUAUGAAAGGGAGUACAAUGAGCUGUUGGCGAAGUUAAGAAAGGUUGACAAAGCUGUUGGUGCGCUUCAGGGCUCAGAUAAUUUGCGCAACGUUUUUAACGUUAUCUUAGCCGUUGGUAACUUCAUGAAUGACACUUCUAAACAGGCACAAGGUUUCAAACUUUCUACUUUACAAAGGUUGACAUUUAUCAAGGAUACAACCAAUAGCAUGACCUUUUUAAAUUAUGUCGAAAAAAUCAUCAGAUUAAAUUAUCCAAACUUCAAUGAUUUCUUAAAGGAAUUAGAACCGGUAUUGGAUGUUGUCAAGGUUUCCAUUGAACAGUUAGUUAAUGAUUGUAAGGAUUUCAGUCAAUCUAUUGUAAAUGUAGAGCGUUCAGUUGAAAUUGGUAAUUUGAGUGAUUCUUCGAAAUUUCAUCCCUUGGACAAAGUUUUGAUAAAAACAUUGCCUGUACUACCGGAAGCAAGAAGAAAGGGAGAUUUGUUAAAAGAUGAAGUUAAGCUAACUAUUAUGGAAUUUGAAAGUUUAAUGCAGACAUAUGGUGAAGAUUCUGGUGAUAAGUUUGCAAAGAUCUCAUUUUUCAAAAAAUUUGCAGAUUUCAUAAAUGAAUAUAAGAAAGCCCAGGCACAGAAUCUGGCCGGAGAAGAAGAAGAAAGGCUUUAUGAAAAGCAUAAGAAAUUGGUCGAAGAACAGCAGAAAAAGGCACAAGAGAAGGAAAAGCAAAAAGAGAGGAGCGCCUCACCUUCACCUGAAGGGAAUGAGGAGGACGAAGCGGAAGAUAGGCGUGAUGUUAUGGAUAAACUACUAGAACAGCUGAAAAAUGCGGGUCCUGCUAAAACUGAUCCUUCUUCUGCUAGGAAAAGAGCUUUGGUCAGAAAGAAAUAUCUCUCUGAUAAAGAUAGCGCGCCGCAAUUGCUCAACGACUUGGAUAAUGAAGAAGGAUCCAUUCUCUAUUCUCCAGAGGCCACAACUCCCGAUACUUAUACCGCAGUUCAUGCCGAAUCGCCCACACCACUUGCUACAAGAGGUCUUAUGAAUACCCCAGAAGAUUUACCGUCUCCGUCCAAAGCACCUGCACUGGAAGAUCAAGAAGAAAUUUCAGACAGAGCUAGAAUGCUGCUAAAGGAGCUAAGAGGCUCUGAGAUAUCGGUGAAGCAAAAUUCUACACUCGAUGAGCAUCUAGAAAAAUUGAGAGCUCGUAAGGAAAGAGCAAGCAGCGAGACAAAUACAGGUAACAAGCUAAGCUUCAACUAA